AUGUCCAAACCUGACUCUGAAAAUACCAUUGCUUUGGCUGCUCUGCCACCUCCACCCCCUCCUCCAUCACAAGAUACCCUGCUCCAACAGUAUCUCAUAGAACUUCAAACUAAUCCCAUUCGUACUAAAGCAAUCACAUCUGCCACUUUAAAUGCUCUCUCCGAAAUCCUCGCUUCAUAUGUCGCUGGCGAAAAGGACCCCAAGACUGGUUCUUAUAUUUCGGCACGCGUGCCCAAGAUGGCCCUCUACGGGUUUUUUGUUUCAGCACCUUUAUCUCACUAUCUCGUCAAUGCCCUCCAACGCGCGUUUAAAGGAAAGACUGGUGGUGCGUGGAAAAUUGCUCAGAUUGUGGCUUCUCAGCUCCUCGUCACUCCUAUCCAGAACUCAGUUUUCCUCAUCUUUAUGUCUGUUUUCGCCGGUGCGCGUUCUCUUUCCCAAGUAUAUGCAUCUUGGAAGCAGGCCUUCCUGACAGUCCAAAAAUCAUCCUGGAUUUCAUCGCCAUUGGUUAUGGCCUUUGCUCAAAAAUUCAUUCCAGAACACGCAUGGGUUCCCUUCUUCUCUCUUUUUGCUUUCUUCCUUGUUACUUACAAUAACAUCAUUGUCAAGAAGAAGCGUCAAGCCCAGCUUAAAAAGGACCAGGAUAAAUCCGAAUAG